CAAAGCAGACCAACCUAACUCCCUCAAGUAUUUCUCAUCCAUACCUCCUCUGUUUGUGUGCGCAUCUGUGCUUCUCUCGCCAGAGAGAUAGCGAAGUACAGAGAGAGCCCAGUAUGUCAGGGAUCAAGUGCACGUCCAAGAACAGCAGCAGCAGCAGCUCGAGGAAGAAGCUGUUGGGAUUCCACGUGUCUGAGGAAGAGAAGACCCGGCUCAGGUCGGAGUCGUAUUCGUCAUCGACAAGCACCAUGGCCACAGCCCCCGCGUACGGUGGCGGCGACGGCUAUGGCGCAGACGUGCGGAAGUACCAGUGCCAGUACUGCCGCCGCGAGUUCGCCAACUCGCAGGCCUUGGGCGGCCACCAGAACGCGCACAAGAAGGAGCGGCAACAGCUGAAUCGCGCCCACAUGCACCACCACGGAGGCGGCUUCUGGGCGCCUACCGGCCAGAUGUGCCCGGCGAACCCCAUGGUGUCCGCCAUCGCGCCGCAGCCCCAUCUCCUCCCGGUCCCCGCCGGGUGGGUGUGCAUCUCACGGCCGCCGCCCUUCCACGUGUCGCAUGCAUGCGCCGUUCCCUCUUCGUCCGUCCCUCCGAUUGUUCCUCCUGCUGUCCCGUACUCCACCGCCGGUGGCGGCGCGCGGUUGUUGGAGCAGGACGCAGGCUUGUUCACGAGGUUCUCUGCGACAGUUCCCGUCACGAAGCGCAAGGACUCGUCGGACUCGGGCGAGUCGUCCGGGUUGGACCUCCAGCUCAGGCUAGCUCCCACCGGGUCGUGACUCAACCCAGCUAUUACCAUGCAUGACUCGGAUCUCAUAGUAUGAGGACGUCCAGCUAUCUAUCUAUCUUUCAGCUUAUAUUUUCCUUCUCUUUUGUUGUGUUUGAUAUCAGCAUCAAUUUCCUUAGAUACAUAUGGUUUACGUUGAUGACAUAGUAGCAUCAUUAUGUGAUAGAAUAAAGAAGCAGGAUUAUUCUUUCCUGCUACAAUGCAUCGGGCUACUGUGCUUUAUGCUUCGAGACUUGCUAGGAGGACUAUAGUUCCAAAGUUUGAUUGGGGUUGUCAUUUCACA